GUGAGGGCGGGGCUAACUGCAGGUAAAAGUGACACGCGAUAAGGAAGACCCGCAUCAUAACUCCCACCUUCCUGAACAGAAGACUCGCACCGUUGACAUUAGAAAGAACUGAAAGCGCGUAUUUUUGCGUAGAAAACAGCCCGUCUUCGUUUAAAGUCGCGCGCAAUGAAACAGUUUCAGAGGCACGAGUUUAGAUACGACGCUGAAUCGAUAGUGACUCGGGGAGAUUCGAGGUUUGAAUCGCGGCAUCAUGUCUGGGAGCAUUUAAACAGCUCGACCACUUUGAAAUCCCCCGGCGCAGUGGGCGCCCCACUACCGGAUGGACUUUACCUGGACCCUAGUUUUGAUUAUAACAACCUGCAGAUUUACCCUGACGUGGUUUGGAAACGACCCAAGGAAAUCUGCCCGUCUCCUCAGUUCAUCGUGGAUGGAGCCACGCGUCUUGACAUUCGCCAGGGAGCACUGAAUGACUGUUGGUUCUUGUCCACGGUGGCGUCCCUCUCUCUGCAUCCGAAUCUAAUGGAGCUGGUCGUCCCACCGGGCCAAAGCUUUCAGCAGGGGUACAACGGCAGCUUCUACUUUCGGUUUUGGCAGUAUGGCGAGUGGUGUAAGGUGCAAGUGGACGACCAUUUGCCCACACGUAACGGUCAGCUGAUGUUUUUGCAAUCUUCAAACAAAGAGGAGUUCUGGAGCUCAUUACUGGAAAAGGCUUAUGCCAAGUUGAAGGGUGGAUAUAUCGCUCUGAACAUGGGUUAUCCUCAUGAGGCGAUGGCAGACAUGACAGGUGGGAUUACAGAAGUCUUUGUGAUAGCGUCUCUUCCUCGAGAACUUGGCGCCUAUUUACGUCCUCUGCUGCAGAAAGGAGCUCUAAUCAACUGUGCCAACUCUCAGGGUCCUGUUGAGAAAACUAAUGGUUUUGGGAUUCUGUUCAGACACGCCUAUUCUCUCACAGGUUUGGAGACGAUACAAACUAAAACUGGUCCUGUUGAGCUGGUGCGGAUUUACAAUCCAUGGGGUAAAGCUGAGUGGGAGGGGCGUUGGAGUGACAAAUCUGGAUCAGAGUGGGAAUCGGUGAGCCCUGAAGAACAGAAGCGAAUCCACAGAAUCGAGCUGGAAGAUGGAGAAUUUUGGAUGGCUAUAACAGACUUCCGGCAGAAUUUCGAGAUGAUGGAGGUGUGUCACCUGAGCGAUGACACGCUGAAUCAGGGCGAUGCCGUUAAGCGGCCUUGGCAGUGUACGUCAUACCACGGAAAAUGGAUCGCUUUUCAAGGACCACCACAGUACAACCUCACCCUGCUGGAGGAAGACGAUGACCCCAGUGACCCUGAGCUCACAUGCUCAUUCCUGAUAGCAAUCAUGCAAAAACUGGCUCGUCAGAGGGGACAGUUCCUGUCUGUAGCUUUACUAAUAUACAAGGUUCGAUCCGAGCGUGAAUUCCUGACCCCUCGGGAUCUGUCUCAGAUGAGCCCUGUGCUCAAGCAGGGUUUCGACCAGCGACAAGAGCUUGUGUUGCGCGGUUGCCUGGCACCGGGUCAUUACGUCAUCGUUCCCACCAUUUCGGAGACCAAUAAGACGGGAGACUUUCUCCUGAGAGUCCUGACGGAAAAAGGAAACAACACUGUACCUGUUAAGAAGCCUUUAACAGAUGCGAUCUCAAUUUCAGAGCCAUUGUCUCCACGUCUCCUAGGACUUCCGUCUGCUUCUGAAGCUAAAGAUCUCUUCAUAAAACAUGCCAAGGGACCUUUCUGUAAGCCACUGGAUCUGUAUAACAUACUGACUGAAGCCAUCGCAAAGGGAGUCUUCGCAGGCAGCGAGAAGAAAUUGAGUUUGGAGCACUGCAAGAGCUUUGUGGUACUCAUGGAUAACAAAGGAAUGGGACACCUCGAGUUGCCGGAAUUCCAGGCAUUGUGGGAAAAACUCACCAAGUGGACGGGUAUUUUUAUAACAUUCGACAAAAACAAGAGUCAGACGCUAGAGUAUCUGGAAAUCUCAUUGGCUCUGGCAGCAGCAGGUAUACAGGUGGAUGAGUUCAUACUGCAGCUGAUCAGCCUGCGCUACACAGAGCCGGAUAUGACCAUCAGUUUCCCAGGAUUCCUCUUUCUGCUCUUUAAACUGGACUGCAUGCUCUGUAGAUUUCGCUCCUUUGAUAUAGUUGGAAAUGGAAUGGUUACAGUAAACUGCAGACAGUUCCUGAAUUUGACGAUGUACAACUGAACUCAUAGCAGCUGUGGGACGCUACACUACAUCUUCAUCUUUUCUAGCUCCAGCGACUGUAGAGGCCAACUAUUAUCAUUAGUGUACAUGUCAGGAUUUACAGUAGUCUUAUAGCAGAUGAAACUUACUGAAUGUGUUAAACGAUGAAAAUCAGUGUCCUUAACAUUUUAAUUUGUGCCUUUUUCCUGAAUGAUGGUGAACUGAAUUUUCUAAAAAGUAAUUCAUAGAAGUUUAUAACCUAAUAAAUGUGAUUUUAUAAUGUG